AUGCAACUCGCUACGCUGCAGGCCUUUGUUGCUUCGGCCGUCCUCAUGCUCGCGCCGGCCGUUGACGCCGCCUCACUCCUCCACCGCAACAUCCACCACUCGGCCCGUCGACACACCCAACUGCAGCACAACCACCACCACCGUGCUGUCGAGAGCCCUCCCAGCCCCGUCUCCUCCGUUGUCAAGCGCGGCACCUGCGCUUUUCCCACCGACGACUCUAACCUUUUUGCCGUCACUCCGAAUGAGAAGAAUGCCGGCUGGGCCAUGAGCCCCGAUCAGCCUUGUCAGCCUGGUCACUACUGCCCCAUUGCCUGUAAAGUGGGCAUGGUCAUGAAUCAGUGGGAGAAAGGCUCUACGUACAGCUAUCCUGGCUCUAUGAACGGUGGUCUCUUCUGUGACGAGAAUGGCAACAUUCAAAAGCCCUUCGCGGACCAGCCCAACUGUGUCCCCGGUACCGGCGCUCUCAAGGUCAUCAACAAAUGCUCCAAGAAGAUUUCUUUCUGUCAGACCAUCUUGCCUGGCAACGAGGCCAUGCUCAUCCCUACAGUUGUCGACUCUGUUUCCGACCUUGCCGUUCCUGGAGCCUCCUACUGGGAGAGCACCGCCGCCCACUAUUACAUCAACGGCCCUGGUGUUGGCCCUGAAGGUUGUAUCUGGGGCACCGAGGCCAACCCCAUCGGCAACUGGGCAAGCUAUAAUGCUGGUGCCAACACGGAUGCCAAUGGCCAGACCUUUGUCAAGCUCGGCAUCAACCCCAAGUGGCAGGAAACACCGGCACUUUUCCGCAACAAGCCUAAUUUCGGCGUCAAGAUUGAAUGCCCUGAUGGCGGCUGCAACGGUCUGCCUUGCGAAAUCAAGAGCGAUGGUACUCUUGUGAGCAACAAUGCUGCAAAUGGCGCGGGUGACGCUUCUUUUUGCGUCGUUACUGUGCCAAAGGGCAAGUCGGCUAACAUUGUUGUCUCCGAUGGCUCUGGCGGCCAUUCUGCCCCUGUUGGCAACGCCAAUGCUCUUGAGGCCUCGGUUGCCUCCCCCCAGAGCUCCUCAACUGCGUCUCCGCCUCCGCCUUCAAGCACGUCAACUCCCAGCUCUACGCAUUCGCCCACGCCUACCAGUGUCAGCAAGAGCACUCCCUCUGCCACCCCCAGUUCUUCUCAUCCCCCUACCACCACCACCACCACCACUACCACUGUCAACACUCCCUCGUCAACCAGGAGCGAGACACCUACCGUUUCGCCUGGCAUCUUCCACGAAGAGAACAACAGCACUGCCACCCACACCUCCAACAGCACCUAUGCAGCAUCUCCUACAAGCCCCCAGACCACCCCUACCACGAAGGACAAGAAGAACGACGCUGGACGUCAGCAAGGCAGCACUGCUAUUGCUGGUCUGGUCGUUGCGCUGGUCGCCGCCGCUUGCUUUUAUUAG